AAAAAUCGAUACCAACUUGCCGGUGAUGCCACCUGGUUCUGAGCUUCGUCUGUUUAGUUUUUGCCAUGACCAUCAGGAUUGCAAGGCGAAAUAUGUUUUUUAUACACGCCCCCGAGGAGGAGAAGUGCACGGAGGCGCAGCUGGACAUCCUGAUGAAGAUAAACUCCGGGGAGUAUCGGCUAGUGAAGAAGAACAAGCGCAGCUCCGUGUGGAACGUCUACCGGGAAAUCGCUCGUCCGGACGGUACAAAGUUGAAAUGGCGAUACUUUUGCAUGGGCUGCAAGAGAGUGAUGCAGAGCACCGGGGGCACCACCUCCAAUCUGCGCAUCCACAAGUGCCACGCGCGGUAUAUCAAGCAGAACGCCCAUCUAACCGACGGGAGUCACUCCUACAACCAUGCUCCCGCGACCCCAGCUAGCCAACAGUCGCCGCGCGUCCAGAAACCGAAGACCAAGCGACAGCCAUCCUAUGCCACCCAGUGUGAACAGUUCUAUGAGGAUCCGCUGACCCAGUAUAGCGACUUGGAGGAUGACAUUAAGGAAGAGGAGCGCACUCUGGAAUGCGAGCGUGAACUGGAGUCCUCCAAUUCCAGACCACUGCUAAAGCUCUUUUCCGAGGAGAACUUGUCGGUUGAGCCAGAGGAGCUGGAAGACGAGGGUGAGGCUGAGACUGCGGAGACGGAAGACCAGGUGCCUAUCGAGCUGGACUUAUCUGACGUCCACCAUACUUCCUCGGACAUAAGCCAUGAUGUAAUCGAGCCCAAAUCAGAGGAAAGUGGCUACCACUUCGAUGCCAGUGCUAUUUCCGAAGCUGAAUCCUAUGCCAAAGCCUGGGCUCACGCCUUCCUGCGGCUAAACGAAGACCAAAAGUUCUACGCCAAGCGCUCCAUUGAUGAGCUACUAGUACUGGGUCGUCUGGAGCGACUGAACAUUUCCACAGUCACAUCCUUGACCACAAACCUGUAGCACCUCACCAUGCCAUAAGAGUGUAAAUUAGCCUAAAAAUUAAUUUAUAUUGCAGACUAAAUGAUUUGCUAAUUUAACGUAGAUUGUGUUUAAAAAAAACGCCAAAAAAAAGGUACUAAAAUCAUGCUUAUAACUUUCCUAAGCCAUUUUUAUAAUAAAUCCAUCCAUUGUAAUAUAAAAUACCAAUAUAUGACAUAUUAUAUUCAGGA